AUGUGUGCAAUAUCAUUUAGGUUCCUGGAUUCAGCCGAUAACUCUCACAGCGAUGGAGGAUCACAAGCUUUCACAUUAGCAAAAGAAAUUGUGGCCGAUAUAAUGGUUGAUAUACAGGAAUUUUCGGAAGCGAGACUGGCGACCAUUCUAUUGAUGGCUCAACAUGAACACGAAUCGGGUAGGUAUGGAAGUAGUUGGAUGCUCAUUCCAAUGGCUGUUAGGAUGGCUUUCACUCUAAGGUUGAAUCUCGAGCUUGAUGAUUCGUACCCAUGGAAAUACAGGGAAACCAGGAGAAGAUUGAUGUGGGCUACGUUCUGCCUCGAUAAAAUGACUUUCGGCGGUAUUAGCGAGUUCUCUUCGAUUGAGACACGAAGAAUGAAGAUUGACCUGCCGUCGCCUAAUCACAAUUUUGAAAAUGAUAUUCCAGUGCCUGGGAGAACUUUGGGGGAAGUUCAAUCAGCCGCUGAUACAAGCACUAAUUCGCAGAUUGAUCAAGAUGGCUUAGUGAGCAGGUAUAUCAGGCUGACAGACAUACGCAGCGAUGUUCUCUCAUACACCAAAAACCUGUCCGAGAACGCCAGCUUAGCCUGGGAGCAAGAUUCGCCGUUCCAGCUAUGUUUCCAACGCUUACAACAAUGGCAAGAUAGCCUACCGCCUCUUCUUAUCUUCAGUCUUUCGAAUCUACAACACGGUCAAGAAGAUGUGAUAGCUUUAUUCUAUCUCCAUAUCUUCUACCACCAAAUACACUGCGACUUGUACCGCAUGACUCUGCCAGGAUUCAGAGAAUCCGCCCCACCUGAAUACCUGGCUCGGGCUCCCGUAGGAUGGGUCAAUAGAACUCGUGACGCUUGUUACUUGCAUGCUGUAGAAAUCAUCAAGAAGAUCUCAUUCAUGGCUGAGCACUUUGACCAUUUCAUUCCCAAUGAUUCUGUUUUGAUCAUCUUUGUGUAUGAAUGUAUUCGAAAUCAGAUUCAAUACAUCAAGAUAACAUAUCCGGGUGGUCCAAGCAGGGAAGAUCAUCAGCAAGUCAGCACAGGAUUCGAAAUGAUCAUGGAUGUCGCAGGCAGGACAGUGAAAUAUUUCGGCAGGAUUUGGCGAGCAGUGAGUCCAAAUACCAAACUCUGA